ACCGAAUGCAGGCCAAUUAAGCAGGCUGUAAGUGCAAGAUGCAUGCCAUUGGCAAACCAAAUUGUCUUGCUUUCUAACUGGAGGUAACUGAAAGUUGAAGCUUUGAUGGCGAUGUGUAAUGAAGAAGCUAAACCAGAAUUUAGCCAUAAAUUUGUUGACCUGCUGAUAAAUAUUUGAAUGAGAAAUUCAGAUGCAAUCAUGUAUAUGUCACUACAGCAUAUCAGUUGCAGGAUCGCAGUAAAAAAAAAAAAUUAUGUUCUAAGGAUGGCGGUGCUGCUGUAAACAAGACUACUGAACCUUGGUUGACAAGAACCAAAAUUAAUAGGCUGUUUGGUUUGUGAGAUAAACCCAUCCUAGAUGGGAUUGGUCCAUCAUGGGAUGAACCCAUAAAUUUUGGUGGCGUGAUAACAUUCCUCAUAUUUACACUACCUAUGUACUUGUGAGGAAUGAGGUGGCGAUGGAUCAACCCAUUCCAUUCCUCAAACCAAACAUGUGGAUUAGGAAUGAGGUGGUGAUAGAUCACAUUGUUCCUCAAACUAAACAUCCUAUAAACUGAGAUAUCAUAGUCUGGAUGCAAUUCCGCAGCAGGCGCACUUACAUAGACCGUGGGGCGAGGAGUAAUCAACCGGAAGCGUGCAAUCGCAUCGUCAAGACCGAAUGGCCUUGGCUGAUAACCAUCGAAGAGGCCAAGAACAAGACUGAAAAUGGGAAACGAUUGGCCUGGUGUUGGAAUCCAUGUUCUGCCCGUGGGCGCUCCUGAGAAUUCACUUGCUACACCGUUUGAUGUCACGUGAAGCAUCAAGGAUUGGACGGUUCCACCGAGACGAGAUUGCCACUGGAUCGAGGAAUCCUCCGCGCCAGCCACCGUCUCCUCCCCUCGUCUAUUCUCUUCAUCAUUCCCAACGACGGAAUGGCGGCGAUCGUUGCCUCGUUGCGAACAGACUGGUAGAGGAAACAGACAAACACAUGCAAAUCUUGGGGAUGCCCGCCCCUCCGUCCUAGCUAAGCUAUAGGGACAUUCUUCGCCUUUCCUUCUCCUCUCCGCCGCCCAAUCUGUUGUAUAUAUACGCUGCUGGUGCUGGUUGUGGGGCUCUAGGUCUUUCCUUGUUCUUCUUCUUGUCCUCGUUCUUGGUUUGCUCGAUUACUUGGCCGGCCGGUGGAUUGGUCAGUUUCUUGAUCUGCAUUUCGGCCGUCGUGAGCUGCACCCCGCUGGAGAUGGAGAACGGGCACGCCAAGUACCGGGUGGCGGUCAUUGGAAGCGGCAACUGGGGCAGCGUCGCCUCCCGCAUCAUCGCCUCCAACACCGCCAAGCUGCCGUCCUUCUAUGAUGAAGUAAGGAUGUGGGUAUUUGAAGAAUUACUGCCAACAGGCAAGAAACUAUCCGAGUCCAUUAACAAAGCAAAUGAGAACUGCAAAUACUUACCGGGUAUAAAACUUGGAGCUAAUGUUAUUGCUGAUCCUGACUUGGAGAGUGCAGUCAAAGACGCGAAUAUGCUGGUUUUUGUGACUCCCCAUCAAUUUGUGGAGGGUAUAUGUAAGAAGCUCGUAGGCAAGCUAAGACCAGGAGCCGAGGCUAUCUCCCUCAUCAAGGGCAUGGAGGUCAAGAUGGAAGGACCGUGCAUGAUAUCUAAAUUAAUUGCGGAUACACUUGGAAUCAAUUGUUGUGUCCUCAUGGGUGCUAACAUUGCAAAUGAGGCAAGCAUCUGUUGUGUUGUGCAAAUUUUUUUGCAGUCUUCAGAAGCAAAAAAAAUAAGUUGUUGUACAUUUCCAAUGCAGAUAGCUGUUGAGAAGUUCAGUGAAGCAACAAUUGGAUAUAGGAAAGAUAAGGAAGUGGCGACCCGAUGGGCUAAACUUUUUACCACGCCUUACUUCCUAGUUUCUAUUGCAGAAGAUAUUGAAGGAGUAGAGCUAUGUGGAACGCUGAAAAAUAUCGUGGCUAUUGCAGCAGGCCUUGUUGAUGGCUUGGAUAUGGGAAACAAUACAAAGGCUGCAAUAAUGAGGAUUGGUUUGCGGGAAAUGCGUGCUUUCUCUAAGCUUCUGUUUCCUUCAGUCAGAGAUAACACAUUCUUUGAGAGCUGUGGUGUGGCUGACCUAAUAACUACAUGCCUUGGCGGGAGGAACAGAAGAGUGGCUGAGGCUUUUGCAAGAAACGGUGGCAAAAGGUCUUUUGAUGACCUGGAGGCAGAUAUGUUACAAGGUCAAAAACUACAGGGAGUGUCUACAGCAAGAGAAGUUUAUGAAGUCUUGACUUAUCGAGGGUGGCAGGAGCUGUUUCCUAUGUUAUCAACAGUACAUGAGAUUUGUAUUGGACAAUUGCCUCCUACAUCAAUAGUUGAAUACAGGCGCAACUGAAAGUUAUUCUUUGAAGGUGCCAUAAAGAACAGUUUUGGUUUGUUGAAGGUCUUUCAGUCUGAACAUAAAUCUGUUGCUUGGUAGUGGCGGCACAUCAAGGCUCAGGGAACUUUGUCACAGCACAUGCAGGAAGUCAUUAGAUGUGCCUGAUAGCUGUUUGUAAUAGAUACUAAUGAUACUCAUAUGUAUACUUUUUUUUUUUCGGAUUCAGCAAUAGGAUCAUGCUAAAUACCACUAUUCAGAUAGUAGCAGGGAAGGCUUAUUUUGGUGUCAUCUUACAGUAGCUUGUUAUCUCGGCUGAGGUGAAGAUUCUCAAGUGCCGAGGCCUAAGGCAGGCUCCACCGCUCAAUGGCACCCGGUCACAGUCAGCGAACAGAUCUUUCGGACCGCAUCUUGUUCGUAAUUUUUAUUCAGUUAAAGGUCCUUUCUGUAAAUGAGAGUUGGACCAACAUAAAAUCAUCUACAAUCAUACUCCU